UGUGAACAAUAGUCGAUCCAUCCCCUCGCACGAAAAUAGGUGAGUAGUAUUAACAAUGGAUCCCGACCAGUUAGAAGCACACAAGAAAAAGCUCCGAGACAUUGCGCGCACCGCUUAUGGCAAUCGUGUGCCGUUCAACAGUAUCACUUCUGAACGUCAUCGCCAAAUAUUGGACCGAGCCAUCAGAAAUGUUCUUUCAACUGAAUUGGCACAGUUCACAUAUGCCCAGAUAAUAGAUGGCCUCCCAAUUGCGGAUGUUGCCUGGGACCGUCGACUUCCUGGCAUUAUGGGAGAGCACAUCAUUGAUGACCAUGAGACAUUGUGCCCUGGCGCUUUGGAGAAAGCACAGGAGUACUGCCAAGAACGGGAUCCUUCGAGUCUCAAGUUUGAUCCUGAAACUCUAAAAACCUUUCUAAAGGCCGAACCUAGCUCCAAAUCUUUCAACAUGCGCUUAAUCGAGUCGGUAGCUGUUGCUUUGCAUCAAAUAGCAGUUUGGCUACAUAAGCUUGAACCUCAUCUCCAUCAAGGAGAUAUUGACGCCGUCACAUACUGGGACAUGCCGCUAUCAGAGACGAUGGCUCGAUUCCCUCCUGGGCCUACCCUUUUCAGUCAUCACGACUAUCUUGACGACGAUAUAUAUCCAGAAGGGGUAGCUGACAUGGUUGGCUACUGGGCUGAGGAUCGUAUUCUAGGCGGCGUAACUGUGUUUGAUCGGCGCCCCGAAAACCCGGAUGAGAUACCCAACAUCUACUUUCAUCCAUGCCGCAAAAGUCAAACAAUACGGGUAUACAAACUAAGAGAUGAGCAGCAACAAGCUCUCUUCGACUUCCUACUGCAGGAUGAAUCAUCUCCAUUGCCAUCACCCCUUCCAAUUCUUGGUGAUAAGCAAAACCGUAUAAGAGUAGACGCGCCGAGAGCACUCACACACCAUCACAUCUACAGAGACAUUUGGGAACGAAGGCCAUUAACCAUCAUAGAGAUGAGGAUAUUUGACAGAAGACCUAAAGAUGAACCUGAUUAUCCCGAGGUUGGCGACAUGAUACGCCGCAUCAAUGCACAGGGCGGCAUUCCACUACCACAGCCUCGUCCGCGCUCUUUACUAGCUACACGAACCCAAAAAGCUCAGGAUCUCCUUUGCAAACCCCUCCUGGGGAACACCGCCCUUCGUGUCCUCUACUCCUUCGCCGAAAAGAUACAUAGCGUCCAGGCUUCCUGUCGCGACGCUGAUAUCUUUGCCGUCGGGAUGCCAGAACAAGAAGGAGCCGCAGUCGCCGCAAAAGCCCCGCGCGAUAUUCUUGGACUUGCGAUAUCUUUUAAUCUUGUCCACCGAGUCGCCCUGCCACUCGAUGGCGGAGACGGGGACUGUCAAAGUCGCGAGGAAAAAGCUUCCCGUUUGUUUGCGACACUGGGUGCAUUGGCAGAUGCAACCUAA